UGGUGGUGGAACUCUGCAUGGUGGCCCCGAUUCUAGAACAUGCUCGGGGAACAAUCUCGGCUGCAUAUUCCAAACCCGGGUUCCCACGGCCAUGGGCACCUCCAAAGCGAUUGCGCAGCCACCUCAGAUCCCUCCAUCUUCCCCUCUCCACCGACACCACCAGCCUCCCAUCCGUGCCGGCUCCUCCGACCGUCAGCUCUCUGUCCUCGGAUCAUGAAUGAGAGAGAAAGAAAGGAAUGCUUUUGAGAAUAAUGUCUUCCUUAAUUCAAGUUAAACAUGAAGUGGAGGACUGGAAUUUUGAGCAAAAUGUAGAGAUUCCAUCAAGGAGAGAGAUUCUGACUUUGAAUUACGAAGAACAUCUGACUCCAGAAAGCCAGAAAAUUAAACUGUCUCCGCUGCAACAUCGUCGAAAGCAAAGGGAGCAGUAUCGCAGCAAUGUGGAUUCACUGCGGGAGCUGGCUGCCAUUCUGCCCUUGCCUCUACAGAAACAGGAGAAGCGUCUCACAAAGAAGGAGGUUCUGAACCAGGUUUUGCUGUACAUCGCAUUUCUUAAUAGGCACAUCAGCAAUGCUAAGUCCCUGCUAAAGAAUCAUUCUGUGGAGAUAGAUGAAAAUGAAUGCUGCUUAAACAGAGUGGAGUCUACAAGUACAGAGGAGGCUGUUCAGAGUAAUACAGAAGAGAUAAGCAGUCCUUCCUCAUCUCCAAGCUUCAAGAAAAUGAGGCUGAGGAAUAUCUGUUCCAAAUCUAGGAAAAAGAAGUGGGUGGAAAAGACAGAAUGGCGACAGAUGCUGAAAUCACGCUGCUACCUUAACAGUGAGCCAGCCCAUGAGAGCUAUCUACAAUCAGAGUUUCAGCAUGAGGACAACCUGACGUGGCAAGGAAUGUUGUUAGAUACUACGUCGUCCAGCUCCUGUUCACAGGACAACACAGAUGACCUCCAAGGCCACACUUUGUACCUUACUUUGUUGGAGGUGGCGGAUUCAGGAGAUCUUGAAAGUUUCAGCCUCGGCAACUUGGGGAUACAUAAUAGCACAAAAUACUCUAAUGAAAACGAUGAGGGGAAGACAGAUUUGAGUCAUGCUUCCAGCCUAUAUGACCCACCUGCCAGUCCUCCAUGUCCAAGUCUAAAGGAUCAGAAGCUGGUUCACUACCUCUCAUCCCAUGAUGAAGACGAUGAGGUUGACCAAAGUCCCUGGCUUCCACAGGAGUCCCCUCAAGGAGCAGCAGAAGUUCAUUCUCCAGUCAGUGACUCUCUAACGACAUCAGGGCUUCAGACUUCACUUGGCUUGAGUCCUUCUCUCUUUUCAUCUCCGGGACGGCACAUUCAACUUCUGCAAGACGGAAAGGAAAACCUGACUCAAGCCUUAUUUGGAAUGGUGUGCCUUAGCCCAGAGUUCCCGGUGACCAAGCCUGGAGACUCGAAGCACUCGAAUGUCUGUCAAACCCAGCAAUUACCCAGCAGUUACUGGAAUGUUCCUUUAAAGGAUGAUCCAGACCAAACUGUGCCAGAAACUCCACUGAUCACCUCUGACUCCUUCCAGUCAACCUUCAUUUUCGACCACUGCUACCUCCCAUACAGUGAAACGAGCAAAUCUGAGUCCAGCCAGGCCGAUAGUAUGUCUUCAGGGGAGAAUUCAUGCCAGAUCUGCCCAAGCUCAGAGAAGUGGGACAAACGUCUUCAGCAGGAGAACAGCAAUGAGAGCGAGCACUGCCUCUCCUCCAGCGAUGACUUUGAGAAUAAUGACAUCACCUGGACUCCGCACUACAGGGGGAAACUUCCACAGCCAGCUGCUCCCAGCAAGCUGAAGCAUAACAAGAACAUCAACCACGCCAAGCAGCCCAGGGUACGCAGGAAGCGUUGCUGCGCGUUCCAGCUCAAGAAGAAGUGUGUCAAUGGUUUCAUCAUGUUCUGCCGCGUUAAUAGGAGGCUGUAUAUCAGUGACCAUCCUGGAACUGCCUCUACUGUUGCUACUAAAGCUUUGGCACAUGUGUGGCGUACCAUGUCAAAGAAUGAACGGCAGCCCUACUGCAUCAAAGCCCGGGAAUUCAGCAAGAUGAAUAACCGCAUCGUCAAGCUGGAUAGCUCGUCAAGUGAAGAGAAGGAAGAGGUGGAAAUGCCCGAACCCCUCCACCUCCUGUAAGACAUCUCCCUUCUUUAGAGCAAAACAUGAGCAUUGCUGUUCUAAAACAACCCGAACGACACAAGACCAUAGAUGAGUCUCUUGAGCUGGAAAGGCCUAGUUCACUCAGAAGCUCAGCAAACUCAGUACGUCCAAUGUGGAUCUCCAAGAGUACUUUAAAAUCUGGAAAAUCAUUGUGCAUUUGAAUUUUUGUCAAUGGAAAAAACAUCUACCUACUCUACCUACAUAUUGGAAAAAUAGAAGACAUUGACUAUAAUACUAAAGUUCAAAUGAAUGAUGGUCCACCCAAAGAAGUGCAUGGCUGUGACAGUGUACAGUCCAGAAGAACUUGAAUUUGAAGCCAUUUUCAGUAAUAGUUGGUAGAACUUUGAGUUUGUAUUUAAAGUAGCUGUGUACAUCAAGCUUGCCUAGUGUCAAUGUUAAUUGGAGGACUUUUGUUCCUGGCUUACACUUUUCACGUCAUCAGCCUGACAUUAAGCUUCUGGUUUUGUGUCUGUGGCCAGCAUUCUUUCCUCUGAGUCAGAAGGUUGUGGCUUCCAGUCUCAUUCCAGAAACACGAACACAGUUAACAAGGCUGACAAGGUUAAUCAAUCCAAUAUAAAAAAGGAUUAAGCACAAGAGAUUCUGAAGAUGCUGGAAAUCCAGAGGAUGCUGAAGGAACUCAGCAGGUCAGGAAGCCUCUGUGGAAACAAAUAAACAGUCAACAUUCCUCUCCAUAGAUGCUGCCUGACCUGCUGAGUUCCUCUCGCAUUUUUUGUGUGUUGAAAAGUUUUAGAUUGAGGGAGUGCUACAUUGUUGGAAGUGCUGACUUUUGAUGAGAGGUUAAGUUGAAAUCUUGCCUGUGCACAUAACAUGUAGGUGGCUUUACUUUGGGGGGAAAUAUUGAGGGGCCAUUAACCUGGUAUCCUAUCCAAUAUUCAUAUUCACUGCUGACAUCAUUAAAAUACAUCAUCUACUCAGUGCUUUAGUGGUGUCCACGGAAGCACAAAUUAACCACUAAUUUCCAACAGUGACAGCUCUUUUCUAGAGUCCUCUCAGCACUAGAAAUUCUGCAGAUUACGGAAAUGCAGAGCAACACAUAUAAAAUGCUGAAGGAACUCAGCAGGUCAGGCACUGUCUAUGGAAAUGAAUAAACAGUCAAUGUUUCGGGCCAAGAUCCUUCAUCAGGUCUGGGAUUCAGUCAAUUGUUUAUUCCCCUCCUCAGAUGCUGUCUGACCUGCUGAGUUCCUCCAGUAUUUUGUGUGGGUUGAUCUAGACUCCUCUCAGACAUCUUGAAAGGCAUUAAAGAAACGCUAGUUAGAUUUCUUCCUAACCUAUUUGGAUAAUCACAGUCUCUUUAUAUGACAAGUAAUGACAUCAUCUCCUUAAAAUUCCUUGUGGUCUCUUGGGCUUCAACCAGACGUACCCUCCUUAUGACUGCAGUGAUCCAACUUGAAGGAACCUUUGGGCCUUCUGCUUCUUGACAUGAGUGGGCAUGACCUCAGCUCAGCACUAAAUUCCAAUCUCACUGGCAGACUGAUGUGUGGAGGCUGCUGUGUGAAGUGGACGGAGAGGAAUGGAAAGCAGGAAAUGCUUGCACUUUGGAGUUUUACUCAGUCUUCAAUCAUGCAGGAAUAUUGUUUCUGACUGAGUGACCAAAGCAAAAAGGUAUUCCAUUCACAUAUUUAUUGUAACACAGAAUUUGCAGACAAACGUAUUGUUUGAACCCCAAUGCUAACUGCAGGAAAUUCAGCAAUUGUUUGAUAAGAAUCAGUUCUGGUUUUUAUCAAAAGACAUCACUGACCCUUUCUGCAAAUAGUGUUGUUUGAAAUUAAUAUUAAAAACUAUGUGUAACUCAGUGCUUUAAUUAACUAAGCCAGAAAACAGAACAUGAUGAAGAUAAGUGUCACUUACUUUCAUUUUGUAAGGACCGCAGUUGAGAGCGAGUGCGCGUGUCUCUCAUCAUCAGCUGAACAGAUCGAUGCCAAUGGCUUUGCCCUGCGUGCUCGGCAUCAUUCUUCUAAAGACCAAUCUCUCAUAGUGACCUGCUGGCUUAUUGUACUUAGGCUGUAACAGGAGAACGUGAUUAUUGAGAACAGCUUUACUUUAAGAUCGGCCCAUUGCUUUACAUGGUGGUUUAGUGUUACUGGCCCACCCCGUGAACCACUUUGCUGUGAGCCCCGCAAAGUUCCAAGACUGACAUAGUAGAAAGACAGAUUGAUUGGAAAGUAGAAACAAAAACAAUAUAACAUCUUUAUUAUCAAUUCAGCCCCUCCUAAAUUAUCAAAGUUUGUGUUACAACUAUAAUUAUACCUUCAAAAUAAAAAGUGCAAACUUUAUAACUAUUUGGUAAUACCAAAGACAUAUGCCUAUUACUUCCCACUCGGGCCCUCCCCUUCCCUUCUCCUAUUAUCCAUUCUCCCCUCCUAUAAGAUUCCUUCCUUACCAAGCCAUGACCUUUCCCACCCACCUGGUUUCAGUUAUCAUCUUCCAGCUAGCCUCUUUCCCCUCACCCCACCUUCCCUCUCAGUUCUGAUGAAGGGUCUCAGCCCGAAACAUUGACGCUUUGUGAAUUUCCAUAGGUGCUGUCUGACCUGCUGCAUUCCUCCAGCAUUUUGUAUGUGUUGCUUUGAAUUUCCAGCAUCUGUAAAUUUUCUCAUGUUUAUGAAUUUUAUAUUUUCCAUCAAUAUAACAUAAAAAAUUCACAUUUAUAUAAGCUAAUUUUCAAAUUACCUCCAGCCCUGUCCCUGUUAAUUAUUUUGAAGUGCAGUCACUGUUGUUAUGAAGUGUACUGAGCCAUUUGUGGCUACAACAUGAUUCUUUCUGGCAACAAAAUGUUUGUUUUAACCAACAAAGAGGAGGAACCUCAGUAAGUCAAGAGUGAAAGUAACUUUUACAUAGGUCUAAAAAGUCCAGUCUUUGGAUUUCAUGCGUGGGACUUCUCCAACAUUGCAGAACUCUAUGGCUGCAUGAUUUUUAGUUAUGUACCCAAGUGGGUUGUUCCUAUGGGGAAUAGGGCUGGCCUCUUAACUGAAUUAACACAGGAACUCAGCUGGAUCAAGUAACUAUUAUUUGAAGAUUAUUUAUUGGCUGCUCCUAGAUGCCCCUGAUUGAAUUAUCUGCACAGAGGGUAGCUGAGAUUCACCCCCUAUUGUUAUGGUGCUAGGGUCAUAUAAAGGUCAGACUCAGCAAGGAGAGGAGGUUUCCUUUCCUAAAAGCUACUGUGAACCAGUUUGAUUUUUUAUGGUCAAUUCUCAUUCAGACCAGUAUUUUUAACCCAUUUUUGUACAGUAGCGUUGUGGUAUGAUCGUACACCAAAUCACUGAUGUAGCUUGAGUUCCAACAGGUGCCUUUAACAUCACUGUGUAGAGCGAUGACAGAGCAGCGAUAAGAGCCUCACUAGGGGCAAUCUGUCCAGAUGUCGUUCAUGUUCUUGCCCAAGUGGAUGGCACUUGAAACUAUAAGUAAUUGUGGAGGGGCAGAGUUGUGGAGAACACAUGCAACUGGCCUAGCUCUAAUGCCACCAUUUACCACUCCACUCCAUUGGGAGACUGUUUUCCUUCUGUUCCACUACUAACUUCAAUUUUAAAGUCAUGAAGUUUGAUUGCACUUCAGAUAGUUAAGGAAAUAAAGUCACACAUUGUGGCUAUUUGGCAAAACUUUUAUUAAUGUUAUUAUGGUUCCUAUUUAUUGUUGUGUAUGUUUAAAAAAGUAAUAUAAAUUAAAUUAUUGA